GGCCAGAAGCCGUACCCGUGCGAUUUGUGCAGCGCAAAAUUCACGCAGUUUGUCCAUCUGAAGCUCCACAAACGUCUGCAUACCAAUGAACGACCAUACACUUGCUCGAGCUGCGGUUUGUUGCAUGCUUAUUAGUC